AUGCCGUCGGUCGAAACGCUGAGCGGCUGCGCUGGCAGUGACGUUGGCGACCUGAACGCCGACAGCGGGCGUCGACCUCGCGCAGGCAAUAUCAUAGCCUCUGAAACGGGUGCUGCAACGGAAGCGCAGCGCCUCCGAUCGGAGGAGGCUGAGGAGAGUAGGGCUGGUCGUGGUGGUUGCGGCGACGGGCGAGGCGAUGCCUCCGUCAGCGCUGCUGACAUCAGCAUUGAUCUAGCCGAUGUGCCUAUUCUCACGAGCUCUCCGCGUCUUCCUGCGAAGUGGGGGACAGGGGACGGCGGUCGUAGCGCUACUGCCAGAGCAACCGACGUUUCUCCGCUGUGUGAGGACGACGUCUUCUCUGCUGAGCACAGUACGGAGGUGCCCUCUGACCGGCUACCAGCCAACGCUGCCCCACUCGACGUGCCGCUCUUGACCACUGUGGAGGAACAGAAGCCGCGCCGCUCGGCGUCCGACAUUCCCGCCGUGGUUGUCCUCCGUCAUCGCAUGGGCUGCAGCAUGGUCGCCCUGACACCGCAUCAGCGAGCGUCCUACAGCCACCACGACCUGGAGAACUUUGUGCUCUACAAGGAACAGAAGUACAAUGCCGUCAACGUUCUCUGGCGCUUCUGCAUUUUGAUGCUGCUCGUGCUCAACCUCUCCGUCUUCUGCCUUGUUCUCUGCGCGUGCACGACGGAGUGGCUGAGCGUGCAGAACAACGACUUGUUCUUGUCCGUCGGGUUGUUCUUCUCGUGCCGCGAUCGGUUUCUGCGCACGUGCACUUCUUGGCAGAGUGCGUGGCUGGAGUGGAUCGUUGUAGACAACGUCACGGGCGCCACACUGUGCCACGCAUCGGAGGGAUUUGUUCGUCGCUUUAUUGGGGUGAUGUGGACGAUGGGCAUUCUGCAGCUCCUGUGCGAGGUGGUGGCGCUGUUUCUGGGCCUGCGGAUUGCAGCUCGGCCGACACGAAGCGGUGCGCUUGUGCUGCUCUUUUUCGACCUUCUGCUGAGCCUAUGCAUAGGCAUUGUGACGGUGAUUCUGUUCGACCUCUACACCUCUUGCGUGCGGCAGACCUGCAAGGGCGAGCACGUGUCCGGUGAUGUAUGCAACGUUCACUACCGCUACGGGUACCGGCUGUACAUCGGCGCCGUCGCCGUGCAUGGGCUGCUGCUCUUGCUCACGCUGUGCAUGCACAGCUACAUCCACAACAUCCGUGUCACGUCGCGCGACCAACUUCGAGCAGAGCGUCACCGGAUCUCCCGCAGUGCUCGGGCUGACGACUACAUUGUACAUAUGAACUCGUCGACAACCUCCAGCGUCACAGGGGAUGCCGCUGGUGGGCGCUGUGCUCGCAGCGCCUGGGACGUCGCACGAACAACCUCGCAGCUUGAUGGUCGUCGGUCGACAAGGCAGCCAAGUAUUGGCACCUCUGUCCCGAACAGUACAACAGCGGCCACCUCCAUUGGUGUCGUUGCAGCCCCUUCGAACAGUCGAAGGCGUGGGGAUCAAGACGGCGGCGCGGAUGAGGGCGCAAACGGUGACGCGCUGCGCAGUGUCAACUCGACUUCAUUGCAGCCAGCAGCACCCGCACCCGAUACAUCCCUCGCCGGUGGCGUGGAUUUCACCCUCCAGUCUGCGCAUCGCGGCGGUGGCUGUGGCAUCGACAAUGCCACGGCGACUGCGUCAACAAGGCCCACUCCUGGCUCGCUUCCACUGCAGCAUGGCGAGAUGCACGUUUCCUUUCUCGGUGUGCCAGACGACACAUAUGACGAUGCAGGCUUUGGGUUGCUCAGUGGCAGCCGAUCUCACCGCCACCGACAGCAUCAGUCGGGGUCAACGCUCUCCUUCAACGAUGGCGGCGCCCGCGCUGCUGCUGCUGGUGCAGCAGCGGCGCCAUUCAACGCCUCAGAUCACAAGACGGACAACAGCUUCGUGACGCGUGGCAGGAGCGUCGGGGCCGCGGUGGCGGCUGACGGCGACAACGACCAGCGUCAGCGUCGUGACUGGCAGCGAGCAUCGCUUGAGGAUUCUUCCCUGCCACGCACGGGUCGUCAGCGCAGCGCUGGACCACAGACGGAGGGGACAGAGUCUUCACUGUCUUCGAAGAAGCAGAAGGGGGGCCUGCCAGACAAGCGGGGUGCAGCGCCGGUCUAUCAGCAAACCCGCAAGCCUCAGCACAAGUUUCUCCGCUUCUUCAACCGUGAGUACGACCCCAAUUACCUUACCGCCGCAGAGCUCGGCGUGCUGAUCUCCGGCGCCACUGACUGGGUCUACGAUGACCGCAGUGACAUGUACUACUCCUUCGACCGCAACAUGUUCUGGGACCCGCUAACGCAGGAGUACUAUAACUGCGCUUUGAAGUCGUGGCAGGAAUCACCCGGGCAGGCCGUGGAGGUGCGUGACAUGUUGGACUACAUACUCGAGAGCCCGGCGAGCAGCCGCAACCGCAGUGGCAGUCGAUUCAAUCACGAGAGCGACGAGGAUUCGCUUAGGCUGAUUGAGAGCCCCACAAGCAUGGCCACCGACGGCGAUGAUGUGAACUCGAGCGGUGGCGUCCAUUAG